CAGUAUGCUGUCACAAAAAGCUGAUAGAAUAUACAUGGUGAGGCUGAACUGGACUUCAGCGUCUAGUCAGUGAGAAUCUAAAUAGACUGUUGUACCUGCUCCUGACCUCUGACCAUACUUGGCAGAGUUGCAAGGGAACAGAGCGACCCAGCCUUAUAGGGAUCAAUAAACUACCACAUUAUCAUUAUUAACCCUGGAGGAGCUAAUGUAAUUGCCCCAUUGUCCAUCUCCUUAGAACUGGUAACUGUAAGACAUAUGGUCUUUUAUUUGAUUAAGUGACGCAUUACUGGACAAUCGUGGUGACUCCAUGUACUCGUGACGUAACCAAACCUCAUCCAGAAAUCCCUUUAUUUGAUGUAUCCUAUCUCUAAUCUGUCUAAUUGAUGUGCUAAUAAAACUGGGGGAAAAAAGCUGUAAAUGUUGAUAUUAAUUUCACAUAUUUCUCAUUUAAGUCACACAUAACACAAUGCUGCUAAAAUGUUGCCACAUAAUGACAUAUGGCGGCUCACCUGACUAACCAGGGGUGUGGCAACACAGAAGCCCUAUAAAUGAAAGCAAGAAUUUCAUUCAUAACAUGGACAAACCCCAUCCACUGAGCUGCAGCACUCUCACACCAGACCUACCUGGCAGGCUCACUAUGCUCAGAUCACUCCUCUCCUGCACGCUGCUGCUCCUCGCCUCCCUCUGCGGCUCAGGGGAGAGCUGGCCUCACGUGGCCCACGGAGGCACACCUGAUGUGGACGGAAGGGACAGCCAGAGGGUGCUGCUCCUGGAGGCGGUGAAGACGGGGAUCCUCGGCUCGUUGGGUAUGGACAGGGAGCCCAGGCCGACCCGAAGGGCCUCGGAGGAAGAGAUGACGAAGAUGUAUCAGCUCUACAGGGAGAAAUUGAGAGAGAUGAGAGGGAACUCCAGCCAGCCGAUGAGGGAGACCUGGCAGUCCACCAUGUCUACGGUGCUCUUUCCAACUACAGUGGAGCCGAUGAAAGUGGUUCGGAGAGGAGAACACCCACAUCCACAUUCAGGUCAACGCCUUCAGUGGUACAGAGCUGUUUUCCACAAGAACCCCAACAUCCAGACCGAGCUGACACUAGCUCGGGCUGAGCUGAAGAUCUCCAGGCAGAUUCUAGAUAAACCCACUUCAGUUCAGCCUGAGGCAAGACCAGAGAUUAAAGUUAAAGUGAACCGGGUGAAACCGGUGAACUCUGAUGCGUGGACACACAUAGACCUUCCAGUCAGCGCCAACGUGUCGAGCACUCAAGAUGUGACGCUGGACAUCAGCCCCGAGGCGGAGAGGUGGAUGAGGACUGAUGGCGCUGAGGCACUGGUUGUGGAUGUGGGGAUAGUUAUGGGUAAAAAAGACAAAGCAAACCCAACCAUUUCUCUGGAGUUAGGCCUCACGCAGCCUGAACCGGCCCGGAAGAAGAGGCUGCCUCGCUCCAACAAGGAAGACAUCUGCGAUGAGCGAGGGUGGUGCUGCCGGAAGUCUGUCACCGUAACCUUCAAGGAGAUCGGCUGGACGGACUGGGUGGUGGCCCCGGCUGAGUACACCAUGCAUUUCUGCGACGGCACCUGCCCCCACAACUACAAGCCUGCGAGCAUGCACACGCAGGUGAAGUCUCGGCUGCAUCUGAUUACCAAAGGAGAGUCGCCUCGGCCCUGCUGCGUGCCGGCGGCCUACGAGCCCAUGGUCCUCAUGCACUAUGACAGUAGGGGAAGGUUGGAGGUGACUCCUUUUGAUGACUUCAUUGUCACUCAGUGUCACUGUGCCUGAGGAAGUGUGCUUUUUACUUUAAUUUAAACUUUUGGAAGAGUAUUGCCACUAAAAUAACAUGUUACAUGCUGAUUGUGUUCUCAAAGGAAACAUGGUACAGCUGCAUUAUUAGUGGUUAACUAAAUAAAAAUAGUAAUUAUCCACUUUAUUACUUUAUCAAUGUUACUCCUGCACUGAGUUUUGUUUUGCAUUGUGUGAUCAAGCAGUAGAUCUGUUCAUUCACUUUUAUUUAUUUAAAGUUCUAUUUAUGUUAUUUGUGUUUUAUUUUAAUUUUAUUAAAGCAUAUUUUAGUACUAUUUAAUUUUAUUAUUAUUUAAAGUACUGUAUUGUUUUGUAAGGCAUAUGUUUGCUCUCUUAUUCAUUUCAAUAAUUAUAUGAAGACCUAAAUAAAUGAUUUAUUGCACUUGAAUA